UUCAUUUUUCUGAAACUUUUCAAACCACAACAAAUACUCGCACAUCUUUUAUCUUUUUCUCCCACCCUGAAAAUGGAAGAAUUUUGAUGCUCAGAUUCACCAUUAUCAUCUUCACAUCAUCGCGAAGAGAUCAAUCAAGUCUCAGAUCUUAAUUUCUCUUCACAGAUCACCGUAGUUGAUCUCCCCCAGAUCUCGACUGGAUUCUCAGCUUGUAUAAUAAUAAUUAUAUACGUAAUCGCUCUAUAUAUUUGUCUUCUGCUAUAAUCUGGAUCUGGUCGAGCUCUCUCGUGGCUUCCAAACGAACCCAAUCAUGAAUCCCUUCUCGUCUGGGACGCGUCUAAGGGACAUGAUUCGGGCAAUACGUGCCUGUAAAACUGCAGCAGAGGAGCGUGCUGUUGUUAGAAAGGAGUGUGCUUCUAUUCGUGCAGCAGUUAGUGACAAUGACAAUGAUUAUAGACACCGUAAUUUGGCAAAGCUCAUGUUCAUUCACAUGUUAGGGUAUCCUACACAUUUUGGUCAAAUGGAAUGCCUCAAGUUGAUUGCAGCCCCUGGAUUUCCAGAGAAGAGAAUAGGAUAUCUAGGACUUAUGCUGCUUCUUGAUGAAAGACAAGAAGUUUUGAUGCUAGUAACCAAUUCACUCAAGCAAGAUCUUAAUCAUACCAACCAGUAUAUUGUAGGACUGGCUCUUUGUGCUUUGGGCAAUAUAAGUUCUGCUGAAAUGGCUCGUGAUCUUGCACCUGAAGUUGAAAGGCUGCUGCAAUUUCGAGAUCCAAAUGUUCGCAAGAAAGCAGCAUUAUGCUCUAUAAGGAUUAUAAAGAAAGUCCCUGACCUUGCAGAGAAUUUUGUAAACCCUGUUGCUUCCUUACUCAAAGAAAAGCAUCAUGGAGUUCUUUUAACUGCAAUCCAGCUUUGUGCAGAUUUGUGUAUAGUCAGUGAAGAGGCCCUUGAAUAUUUUAGGAAGAAAUGCACAGAGGGCAUAGUAAAAGUUCUGAAGGAUGCAGUGAACAGUCCAUAUGCUCCUGAAUAUGAUAUUUCUGGGAUUUCGGAUCCUUUUCUUCAAAUAAGAUUACUCCGUAUUUUACGGAUCUUGGGUCAUGGAGAUGCUGAUGCUAGUGAUUUCAUGAAUGAUGUCCUUGCUCAGGUGGCAACAAAGACAGAGUCAAACAAGAAUGCAGGGAAUGCUAUCCUUUAUGAAUGUGUAGAAACUAUUAUGAGCAUUGAAGAUAGUGGUGGCUUGCGUGUUCUUGCAAUCAAUAUUUUGGGGAGGUUCUUAUCAAACCGUGACAACAAUAUCAGGUAUGUUGCAUUAAACAUGCUGAUGAAAGCAAUAUCAAUAGAUGGUCAAGCAGUGCAGAGACAUCGCGCAACAAUCUUAGAAUGUGUCAAGGAUUCAGAUGCUUCAAUUCGAAAAAGAGCCCUUGAACUUGUGUAUCUUCUGGUCAAUGAAAGCAACGUAAAACCUUUGACCAAGGAGUUAAUUGAUUAUCUGGUAGUAAGUGACCAGGACUUCAAAGGAGAUCUUACUGCAAAAAUUUGCUCCAUUGUGGAAAAGCUUUCCCCAGAGAAAAUUUGGUACAUUGAUCAGAUGCUCAAGGUUCUUUGUGAGGCUGGAAAUUAUGUAAAGGACGAAGUGUGGCAUGCUCUAAUUGUUGUGAUAACCAAUUCAUCUAACCUCCAUGGAUAUACAGUAAGGUCACUCUAUAGAGCAAUCCAAACAUCAUGUGAUCAGGAAGCUGUAGUUCGGGUAGCAGUAUGGUGCAUUGGAGAAUACGGUGAUUUAUUGGUAAACAAUGUUGGAAUGCUUGAUAUCGAGGAACCUAUAACUGUAACGGAGUCUGAUGCAAUUGAUGUUAUAGAAGCUGCUAUCAAGCAACACACAUCUGAUCUUACAACCAGGGCAAUGUGUUUGAUGGCUUUGUUAAAACUGUCUUCACGUUUCCCUUCUUCUUCACAGAGAAUAAAAGACAUUGUGAAUCAAUCUAAAGGAAGCCUUCUGCUUGAGCUGCAGCAGAGAUCAAUCGAAUUUGAUUCCAUAAUCGGAAAACAUCAAAAUUUAAGGUCUGCAUUGGUUGAAAGGAUGCCAGUUCUUGAUGAAGCAAGUUACAGUGGAAGAAGAGGUGGUUCAGGUGUUUCGACAUCAGGGAUUAAUAAUAUUCCAAAUGGGGUUGUUAAAAUAGUUGAUGCUCCUCUAGUAGACUUGCUGGAUCUUGGUGUAGAUGAACCUGCACCACCUCCUAACUCUUCUUCAGGUCCCAAUUUUCUUCACGACCUUCUUGGUGUUGGUGCUGAUAUCUCAUCUUCUUCCCCACAAUCAGGAGGUAGAAAUACAAUGCAUGGGCAUAAAAGUGGUACAGAUGUUCUGUUGGAUCUAUUGUCAAGCGGGUCACCACCUGCUCCUGCUCCUGCUCCUGCUACUCAAAAAAGCUCAUCUACAUCUGAUCUCUUAUCCUUGACUCAACUUAAUAAUAAUAAUAAUAAUAAUAAACCCUCACCCUCACCCUCACCUUUUAGUGGUUUGGAUACUCUUUCAUCACCUCUACCUACACCUGGCGCUUCCCCUAUGAUGGAUCUAUUAGACGGAUUCGGUCCAAAUCCUACUACACCACCACCUCCACCUAAAGAAGAGGACAAUGGGCGGACAUAUCCACCAAUUGUUGCAUUUGAGAGUGGUGCAUUGAGCGUCAUGUUCAACCUGUCUAAGCAACCCGGAAGUCCACAGAUAACCCUAAUUGAAGCAAAAUUCACAAAUAAGUCUUCCCAGGUCUAUACAGAUUUCGUCUUCCAGGCAGCAGUGCCCAAGUUCCUACAGCUGCAUUUAGAGCCUGCUAGCAGUAAUACUCUUCCUGGAAACGCCAGUGGUUCUAUAACACAGAAAUUACGAGUCACCAACAAUCAACAUGGCAAGAAAUCAGUUGUGAUGCGUAUACGAAUAAGCUACAAGUUGAACAACAAAGAUAUGUUGGAGGAAGGGCAAAUCAGUAACUUCCCUCGCGACUUGUGAACCAUCUCUCUUUCUCUCUCUCUUCCUACUUCUAGUGUUUAGUGCAAGUUUAAAGUUUAAAGUUUUGGUUGGCUGAAAGUUGAAUCAAUUGUUGUUUCCCUUUUUUCGUAUAUUUUUGGGUGUAGCGUUUGGAAUAUUGAGUUAACAAGUUGAGCUGAGCGUCU